UUCUGCAUAGGAGUAACAUAAAUACAAGCUAGACAACAGCACCUCCUCCUCUCAGCUCUCAAGGCCCAUUAUAACCAAGUCAAGCCAGUGAAAUGAGCAUCACUUUGGUUUGAUUGAGUUUUAUUUUGUUCCUCUACUGAGUAAAUAACGUUGUAUUGAAGUCAUAUCUGUAGUCGGUCUGAGCAGGAAGUGUCGGGUCAACGUUUGGUUGUGCAGUUGGUCAGUAUGUGUGGAAGUGUAUCCAGACUUGCUCUGCUUCUGGUGCUGUGGGGUCUAUUCACAGCUGUUGACGUGACCCAAGAGAAAACAUUGGAGACAGGAGGAGCAGAUGCCACUCUUCUCUGCCCAAACCAAACUCUCACUGACAUCAUGACAGUAGUAUGUCACAAAAUAAGAGGUAUAAGUGAGGGUCAUGAGUGUAGAGUUUCACAAGACUUUGAAACAAAUCAUACCAACAGCUCUUGUGACCCCAGAGUCACACUGCAGAUAGAGAAUGACAGAGUGUUUCUACACAUCACCAACAUACAACCAUCUGAUGAAGGGAACUACACCUGUGAUUGUACAUAUUAUAAAGGCAGUUCUGAUAUAAACAUACAUAUUUCUGUCAAUGGAAACCAAGUGCAACAGGCCACAGACAACAGUCUCUUCUAUUGGGGGAUGAUAACAGGUGUUGCAGCAUGUGUAGCUGCCCUGGUGUUUGGUGGCGUAAUCAUGAGAAAAAUUCAUCUCAGGAGAACACAGCUACAAGUGUCUGGAACCGUCAACGAGGUGCCACAACACUGCUUGCUGUUGCCUGUUAGUCAGAUGAAGGCAUCUGGGUCCUCAUUUAUAACCGUUGUGUACAUUUCACAAUAAAUAUCUGCUUGCAUAAUUUCAGAAAAGUCUGCACACGUUCAAAAAUAUUGAGAUGUAUAAACUUGGUGGUUGCCAUACAUAAGCAUGUUUCCUGUUAUAAGUCAGACCGUCCUGAACCUGUGCGCGCGUGAAUGAGAAUCUGCCUGAAAAACGGCCUUCAUUCACCAUUUAUAGUGACAAUAACGCCUUUUUUUGCUGUGUACUUUGGAAGUACUGGAAUUAUACCAUGGUAGUUUCCAAAUAGAAAUGGCGAGUUUGAUCAAAUGUCUCUGGAGGUGUUGGCAGAAUGUUUUAAACGUUUACAGUGACAUUUGCUGUAUUUGACAAUUUCUGAAGAAAAAAAACUAUUGCAAAUUGUUGGGGACCUCUAAACAGAUUGUUUGAAUUCAAUAAUGUAUUUUUCAUAUGCUGCACUGACCUCAAAUUCUGAAACAUUGUCUACUUGGAAACAAAUGACAACUAUAGUAUAGGCCUACUUACAGUGGUAUUCCACCCAGUGGUCAAAACCUGGUUUGAAAAGACGUCAGUAUGACAUCUUUUUAUGACGUCUUAUUCUGUCGCAAACUGGAUGAAAUAGGACAUUUUUUAACAGAUUUUUACUGACCAGAAUCUGACGUCUUUUUCUGACCAACAUGUGACCAUCUGGUCAUAAUUGUGACCACUAUAUUAUGUGCUAUAUUAUGUAUCCUACUGAUCAUAGUAAAGACCUCAUCAUAACCUGGUAAUGACCACCUGACUACAGCUUAUUACCUACACUCUUAGAAAAAAAGUGUUCCAAAAGGGUACUUCAGGUGUCCCCAUAGAAUAACCCUUUUUGGUUCUAGGAAGAACCCCUUUUGGUUCCACGUAAAACCCUUUUGGUUUCCAUGUAGAACCUUCUAUGGAAAGGGUUCUACAUAGAACCCAAAAGGGUUUGUCAUGAUGCUGGCCUGUUGGAGGUUUAUGACCCCCAUAAAUUCCUUUCCCCUUUUUCCUCUCUCUACUCUACCAAUGUGACUAUUGAAAAUCCCUUCGUUAACAUACAGAGUCUGGUGACAUCAAAAGAUGGAAAACGGAACCAUAUUUCGGUAAUCCAACCAGUUGAAAAUAUGCGAUGGGACUUAAUGAAUAUGAUGUCAGAUCAGUUGACGUCUGAGACAUGAUUACUGACGAUAGGACGACAUAAACUGUAUCUUGGAAAAUC